AUUUUGCCUAAAAAAAUGUAUAAUAAUAAUUAAAAAAGAAAUCAAUGGUGGAAAAGAACGGAAAUUUUUGUUCGUCCUCAUGAGUCAUGGCAGGCAAAAUCGGCUGAGAUCUAAUUACACGAAGGCGGAAGUUGAGUUUUCACCGUAGACGACGGUCGACGGACGCCGCGACUGUCGAGAAAAUCCGACUGCAACGGCUGUUGCCUCCAUUGCCAGUCUCUGCUUAGUCAAACUCACUCUGUUUUCCCGACGAACGCUUCUUCCUGGUUAGGUUAUACGAAUUUGAAAUGAAUUUCGCUUCAUUGGAUCAAUUGCCUGAUUCAUUUCAUCUGACGAGUCUUCGAUUUUGUGCUUCUUCUUCGGGUUCUUUACGAUGAAGGCAUCUGGAUUCCACCAUCUCCUGGAGUUUUUCCGUGCCAUUUUCGAUUAGUUUGUUAUCUGAUAUCAUCCUUAUUGUCCUCCGAUCGUUUUCUCACUCGUCGAUUCUCGUUGUUCUCGAUUUUCAAAUGGCCUAUACACCGCAGUCUUCCCCUGGAUUUUCUGCCACGCAACCCGACACCCCGGCACCAAGCUCUGAGACAAAUCCGAUGCCUCCGCCCUUAAUUUCGACAGGACCAUCCAGAUUUCCUCCAAAAUUCCAACAGGAUCAGAUGCCAUCUCCUUCCAUCAGAACGCCAGCUGCACCCUCUCCGGCGAAUGGAAUUAAAACUGGCAGUCCCAUUCCUCAUUUGAGUACUCCUCCUGGACCCCCUGUUUUUACUUCUCCCAUCAGGCCUGCUGCUGUCCCCUUUCGUACUUCACCGGCAUCUCCUCAGCCAAUUAUAUUCUCUUCUGCUUCGUCCUUACCAGCUUCUACACCUCCACAUUUUUUGAAUGCGUCGGGUGGGUUGCAACACCAGAUAUCUGAUGUUUCAGAGGACUCAAUGCCUGUAGUGGAAUCGCCAAAUGUUCUAUUUUCUUGCCAGAAGGUGCUGAAGGUGAAGAAACAAACUAAUGUUCCUAGUUUGGGUUUUGGAGCACUGAUUUCGCCUGGGAGGGAAAUAUCAUCAGGUCCUCAAAUAAUACAGCGUGAGCCUCAUCGUUGCCCAAGCUGUGGAGCUUAUUCAAAUCUGUAUUGCAAGAUCUUAAUUGGUUCAGGUCAGUGGCAGUGUGUAAUUUGUCGGAAGUUGAAUGGAAGUGAGGGUGAAUACGUAGCACCAAGCAAAGAAGAUCUUUGUCAUUUUCCAGAACUGUCAUCAUCUAUGGUUGAUUAUGUCAGAACUGGGAACCGGAGACCAGGAUUUAUUCCAGCUUCUGACUCAAGAACGUCUGCACCCGUUGUUCUGGUUAUUGACGAGUCUUUAGAUGAGCCACAUCUGCAGCAUCUCCAGAGCUCCUUGCAUGCUUUUAUUGAUUCAGUUUCACCCACAACAAGAAUUGGAAUUAUACUGUAUGGCCGUACUGUAUCAGUAUAUGAUUUUUCAGAGGAAUCUGUUGCCUCUGCUGAUGUGCUUCAUGGUGAUAAAUCACCAACUCCGGAGUCUUUAAAAGCAUUAAUUUAUGGAACAGGGAUAUAUUUAUCACCAAUGCACGCCUCACUCCCUGUAGCGCACACAAUAUUUUCAUCACUGAGGCCUUAUAAAUCAAGCAUUCCAGAAGCCUCUAGAGAUAGAUGCCUUGGUACUGCAGUUGAAGUUGCUCUUGCCAUAAUCCAAGGACCAUCAGCAGAAGUGUCUCGAGGAGUGGUUAGAAGGUCGGGUGCUAAUAGUAGAAUUAUUGUUUGUGCUGGUGGACCGAAUACAUAUGGCCCUGGAUCAGUUCCCCAUUCUGUCAGUCACCCAAAUUACCUGCACAUGGAAAAGUCUGCUCUAAAUUGGAUGGAGCAUCUUGGGCGUGAGGCUCAUCAGCAGAAUACAGUGGUUGACAUUCUAUGUGCUGGAACGUGCCCUGUAAGAGUUCCUAUCUUGCAGCCCCUUGCAAAAGCUUCUGGUGGUGUUUUGGUUCUUCAUGAUGACUUUGGGGAGGCCUUUGGUGUAAACUUGCAGAGGGCAUCUGCUAGGGCUGCAGGUUCUCAUGGUUUACUAGAAGUACGCUGUUCUGAUGACAUUCUAAUCACCCAAGUUAUUGGUCCGGGCGAAGAGGCACACAUAGAUACACAUGAAACCUUCAAAAAUGACACCUCUCUUUACAUUCAAAUGCUAAGUGUAGAAGAAUCCCAGAGCUACUCACUCUCCAUGGAGACUAAAAGAGACGUAAAGAGUGAUUUUGUAUUUUUCCAGUUUGUUGUACAGUAUUCUAAUGUUUAUCAAGCUGACAUAUCAAGACUAAUUACUGUCAGAUUACCUACUGUUGAUAGCUUAUCAGAAUAUCUUGAAAGUGUUCAAGAUGAAAUAGCUGCAGUCCUUAUUGCCAAGAGGACAGCCUUGCAAGCUAAAAGCCAGUCUGAUGCAAUGGAUAUGCAGGCUACAAUAGAUGAAAGAGUAAAAGAUAUUGCUUUGAAAUUUGGUACCCUGGCACCAAAGUCAAAGAUUUAUCGGUUUCCAAAGGAACUAUCUUCAAUGCCAGAGCUUCUGUUUCAUUUGAGAAGAGGCCCUCUUCUUGGAAGCAUUGUUGGUCAUGAAGAUGAAAGGUCUGUAUUGAGAAAUUUGUUUCUGAAUGCAUCCUUCGACCUUUCCCUCCGUAUGGUAGCACCUCGCUGUUUAAUGCACCGGGAGGGGGGUACUUUUGAAGAGCUUCCAGCAUAUGACCUAGCUAUGCAGUCAGAUGCUGCUGUCGUGCUUGACCAUGGAACAGAUGUCUUCAUUUGGUUGGGUGCUGAGCUUGCAGCUGAAGAAGGAAAAAGUGCAGCUGCUUUAGCAGCUUGCAGAACAUUAGCAGAAGAGCUUACUGAAUCAAGGUUUCCGGCUCCCAGGAUUCUUGCAUUCAAGGAAGGGAGCUCUCAAGCUCGGUAUUUUGUUUCUCGGCUGAUACCAGCACACAAGGACCCUCCUUAUGAGCAGGAGGCGAGAUUUCCACAACUUAGAACAUUGUCCACAGAACAGAGGACAAAGCUGAAAAGUAGUUUUCUUCAUUUCGAUGAUCCCAGUUUUUGUGAAUGGAUGAGAAGCUUGAAGUUGAUCCCACCAGAACCAAGUUAAAGUAGGAUUUAUUCUCCCUCUCUCUCUCUCUCCUUCCAAUCUUUCCUCUCUCUUUUCAUACGGGAAAAUUUUAUACUGACUGAAGAAGUUCUUUCGCAUUUGUAAUUCUUACGGAUGGUUGCAAUAAGCUUUGGAGGAACGAAAGAUUAUUCUAUGCGGUUUUGUGCGAGGCAGGUUCUUUAAUUUUAGAAAUGAAAAUACCUUUCUAGCAUCA